AUGAAAUUUACAAGUACUGACAACAUUGAAGUGGAUAGACAAGACUAAUAGAAAAUCAACUCUUUUAGUAGAUUUAAUUUGCAAUAUCAUGAACUUAUUCGAUUGAAUUAGGCUCGAAAAGAUGAGUUAACUCGUUUGUCAGAUGGUAAAGAUGAAAUGGAAUUAAUGGAAGAUGAUGAGAAGAUUCCAUACAAAUUUGGUGAUUCAUUUGUUAGAGUGAGUGUUGAAAAAGCAAGAACAUUAAUUGAUGAGUAAGUAGUAUAAAUCAAGAAAUAAUUUGAGGAGGAUACUAAGAAAAUUGAGGAGACACUUAAAUAGAUGAAUAACCUAAAAGCUAAGUUAUAUGCCAAAUUCGGUAGUCAAAUUAAUUUGGAUGAUGAAUGAGCAUCUAAUAACAUAUAUA